CUAGAAAUUGUUGCUAUGGGUCGAAUGUGCCAUGCUUAUAUAUUUAAACCACAGUUCACAGUGGUUAAUAAAUUACACCCUCUCUUUGACAGUAAUUGGGGGGAAAACAGUUUUAGGCUAGGGUUUCACGUAAACUCUUGGAUAUAAAGGGGGCAUUUAGUGUGCUCAUCGAUGGGUGAAAGUCGGCACACAUGUCAAGCUGAAGGCAGUAGUCGGGUUACUAAUAGGACACAACGCCUUGCAAACAUAUGCAUGAAGUUUUGUAUACAGAUGGCAACGAGAAUAAUAGAGCCGACGCCUUUUAUAAAGCUGUAAGCAGCUCCUCGGUGACACACAAGUGGAAGAGAGACCAUCCAGACGGAGGGGGCAGAUAGCGCUCGGGAUUGUUUGUUACCGUUUUAAUCCUAUUAAUUAAAACGUUAACCUGAUUGGGUAGAAAGAUCCGUCCCAAUAGGCGAAUCUUCUUCAUAAUAAUAACCUGCUUUGAGAUAAUGAUGUAAAAGACUCCCCCGUCUGUUGCUGCUGCUGUUGCUGAUCGCUUCCGAAAUCUGGCGAAGGUGAAUCGCAGGCGGAUAAGCGCCGGAGCUGAGCUGACUACACACAUCACUUCAAAAGUAGAGCAGCCGUCAAGAUCGACUCGCAAAAUAGAAAGUUACAACCGCUGCCCGUGUCUAAAUAGACAUACAUUUUUAACCACUGUGUGUGAUCUAUAGAAAGGAGUAUGAACAUUAACGGAGCCGAAGGGGACCUCUUCCACAAAACUCUCAGCGCCGUCUCAGCAAAAAAAAUGGACUCUUUCAGAUCGCCCGGCGGUAUCGAUCUGUCUUCCAGAGAUCGCCAAUCACCGAUCAACUGUUUCGAUCAGUCUGACUCCGACCCAAUCCAGGCGGGAGGACUGGGUGGAGGCAGAGGAGGAGGACUCGGUCUUUCAAGUGGAUCUUUAUGCGUUAAGUACGGGAAAACUGGCAACAGGACUUCGGCAGCAGAGAGCAGCGGCGGAGAGCAAAGCCCAGACGAUGACAGCGACGACCGGUGUGAGAUGGUGCUCAUGUCAGAUCAGAGGACCUCGACACCGGGAGGCAAAGCCGAGACCUCCAAUACUAAGAAAAACAAAGAGCAGAAGACCCUAAGAUUGAACAUUAAUGCCAGGGAGAGAAGGCGGAUGCACGACUUAAAUGAUGCCCUGGAUGAACUGAGAGCGGUUAUACCGUACGCUCACAGCCCGUCUGUACGGAAACUCUCCAAAAUCGCCACUUUGCUACUAGCCAAAAAUUACAUCCUCAUGCAGGCUCAGGCUUUGGAAGAAAUGCGAAGGCUAGUGGCUUAUCUUAACCAAGGUCAGGCUAUAUCCGCAGCCUCCCUGCCAGCUAACAGUGCGCUUAACCCAGGUUUGAGUGCCUACGAACAGCCGACGGGAUACCCUUUUCCUGCCGGACUAGCAGCCGCAUCUUGUCCGGACAAAUGUGCCCUAUUUAACAACGUCACCUCCAGCCUCUGCAAGCAGUGCACUGAUAAGCCUUAAAACAGUUUUUCGUCCAUUAGCUGCAUUUUAAAUGACAUCGAAAAAUAGCAUAAAUGCCCGCAUACAAACUUAUGGAUAACUCGCUAUGAAUAAAGACGUACGGACUCUUUAGGACUGUGAUCACAGAAGUGCAAAUUUACUUUGUGGCUUCAAAGAGGGAAAUGUUAAAAAGAAAAAA